AUGAGGAUUGCCAUUGCGUUGCUGUGUUGCAUUCUACGCCCAGUCUGUGCAGAUGCUGUGGGGAGUAGUCCCCUGGUGAUGGGUGCAGACGUCUGGGCUGAUAUGAGGGAGCUGAGGAGGGCGGUGCAGGAGAUGACUGCUGACCUGAACCAACAGAAGGUGGAGCUGCAGGUCACCAGGACUGAACUGAAGUACAGCCAGAGCCAAGUGGAGGAGCUGAAGGAAGCCAACGCAGCCAUGGAGGAGAGACUACAGGAGGAGAUGAAGGACAUCAAAGCCUUACAUAAUGGUACACCCAAGGUGGCAUUCUCUGCUGCUCUAACAGAAGCUGCAUACACUGGACCAUUCAACACAGACAUUACACUUGUGUAUAGGAAGAUCUUCACCAACAUCGGCAAUGCCUAUUCACCAAUUACAGGCAUCUUCACAGCCCCAGUAAGAGGAGUAUACUACAUCAGGUUCACUUCCAUGGGGAGAUCCAGCCACAGCGUGUUGUGCAGCAGGCUGGUGAAGAAUGGGGAGCAGGUCAUGGCCAUGCACGCGGUUCCCAAUGACAGGAAUGACUUCAUCAGCAACGCGGUGAUACUGCAGCUGGAGGUGGGCGAUGUCAUCUACAUGCAGCUUCCCGCCACUUAUCAGACGUACGAUGACGAUGACAACCCCACCACCUUUAGUGGCUUCCUCCUCUCCCCCCUGUGA